AUGUUGAGCAUUUCAAAAUAAAAAUAAUACCCGAAUAUACAAGAUCGAUUAUCAGGAAUGUUGAUAACGAAGAAUGCCCCAAUUAGAAAUUAUUCAACUUGUAAGACCAUUAUUAAUACCACUUCAGCCACCAGACAUUCAAGGAUUUCCUAUUAGUCAAAAUAAAAAUACUCCUAAAAUAAAAGUGAAGUAAAAGGAAUCUCUAGUAGAACCUUUUCGGUAAAUGAGGUCACAGAAUUGCCAUAAAUAUCAAAACCAACAAAAAUAAUAAUCAAAAGGCCAAAUUUCAUUCCUAGACCAAAAUAACAAUUUAGGAAAUUAAUGCAUGUUUAAACUUCACCGUCCAAUUUGGAAUCCGAAAGAAAAUAGAGUAAUUCAAAUUGCCUUUAAUUUGAGACUAUUAAUUUGAAUAUAGAGGCUGAGGAUGUUUACAUUUUAUAUAAAGGUUUCAGAAAUUUGAAUUAAUUCAAUAAGAUUUGCAUAUUAAGUUAUAAUCUUUUAUUUGGGGAAUACAAUAGUCAUUACUUUAUUAACCCCCUCUAAAAUCCUUAAAUUAAACCCUAAAACAACAAGCAAUUGAUUAUGAAAAUUAGGACUGAAUCCAUAUUAAUUCUACAAUUGAAUCCAAAUCAGAAGCUCAAUUCUUUGCACAAUACUUAAAUCGAUUGGUUUGAUUGUAUAUAUUCAACCAGAAACUAUCAUUCCAAAGAAACACUUAGCAGUGCGUUAAACAGAAAUAAUUUAUGGGUCAACAUUUCGAAGAUUCCAAAUCUCUUUAAAGUCUAAAAUAAAAUAAUGAAUUACUACUAUGUCGAUGUCAUAUAUUCUGAUCCAUCAAAUAUCUAUGAAAUUGAUAAUUACAUCAACAAGAUAUUAUUAAUUGAUGAUGAAAACACUAGAUUGUUUCAUUUAUUUAUUAAUGCUCCUGCAGAUCUUCAAAUUGUAUAUCAAAGAUUGCAGGAGAUCUUUAGAAACAAUCAGACUCAAGAUUUACAAAAAGUGAAUUUGAAGGAGAUGAUUGAAAAAUCUAAUUUGGAUAUGUAAUUGAUUUAGACGAGAAUUAAACAAUUGAAAUAUUUAAAUGAUCAAAAGAUUAAAUCCAAGCAACACUUUAAAAAAUAACAUUUAAGUGUUUGUCCAGUCAGUCCUGAAGAAAGAGCAGAGAAAAUGAGAAAUGAAAUCGUGGAGUACAUCAAAAGCAAUUCAAAAAUUAAGAUUGCGAAUAUGCAUUUUGUUGUGGGUGAUACUAUAAUGAGAAACAUUGAAAUGUUUAGAAAUCAUGAAAAUGAUAAGUUUUACAGGCAUUAAGAAACUGUUCAACUAAUUGAUCAUUUUAUGAAAAAUAGUUUACCGAACUUUUAGAAUAAUAUCAAUAAAGCAAAUUAUGCAUUCUAUUGUUUAUGA